AUGUCCAUCCUGAGAAUUCAUGCUCGUCAAAUCUUCGACAGCCGUGGCAACCCCACCGUUGAGGUCGAUCUUGUCACCGAUCGUGGAAUGUUCCGCGCUGCUGUCCCCUCUGGUGCCUCUACUGGUGUUCAUGAGGCCGUUGAGCUUCGUGACAAUGACAAGGCAAACUAUAUGGGCAAAGGUGUCACAAAAGCCGUCAAAAACGUUAACGACAUCAUUGCCCCUGAACUUAUUAAAAAGGGCCUCAAGGUCACUGAGCAGGAGGCUAUUGAUGAGUUUAUGAUCAAAUUGGAUGGAACAAAGAACAAGGGCAAAUUGGGAGCCAAUGCCAUCCUGGGUGUUUCUCUUGCUGUCUGUAAAGCUGGGGCUGCACAAAAGGGAGUUCCUCUCUAUCGUUACAUUGCUGAAUUGGCUGGGAACAAAGAUGUGUUCCUUCCUGUGCCUGCUUUCAACGUCUUGAACGGUGGUAGCCACGCUGGCAACAAGUUGGCCAUGCAGGAAUUCAUGAUCCUCCCAACUGGCGCGAAGAACUUCACAGAGGCCAUGAAGAUGGGCUCUGAAGUGUAUCAUCACUUGAAGAGCGUUAUCAAAGAAAAGUACGGUCUUGACGCUUGUAAUGUUGGUGACGAAGGUGGUUUUGCACCAAACAUCCAGGAUAACAUGGAGGGUCUCGAACUCUUGAACACUGCUAUCGCCAAGGCCGGUUACGCUGGUAAGGUGAAAAUUGGAAUGGACGUUGCGGCGUCUGAAUUUUACCAAAAAGGAAAGUACAAUCUGGAUUUCAAAAAUCCAAAAGCUGCUGCCUCUUCCAUCAUUUCUGGCACUGAUUUGGCUAAGAUUUACAAAGACAUGAUCCAAAAAUACCCUAUCGUCUCAAUUGAAGAUCCAUUCGACCAAGAUGACUGGGAUGCUUGGACUCAUUUCAAUGCUUCUGCUGGCAUCCAAAUUGUCGGUGAUGAUUUGACCGUGACAAACCCAGAGCGCGUCCAGACAGCCAUCAAUAAGAAAGCCUGCAAUUGUCUCCUUCUGAAGGUUAAUCAAAUCGGCUCGGUGAGUGAGUCAAUCAAGGCCUGCAAGAUGUCUCGUGCCGCUGGAUGGGGUGUUAUGGUAUCUCAUCGCUCUGGAGAGACCGAGGACUCAACCAUUGCCGAUAUUGUUGUGGGCCUUUGCACUGGCCAAAUCAAGACUGGUGCUCCUUGCCGAUCUGAGCGCUUAGCUAAGUAUAACCAACUAUUGCGCAUCGAAGAGGAGCUCGGCUCGCAUGCUCGCUACGCCGGCGAAAACUUCCGCAAUCCAAAGUAA